GACAAAAUCAGUAACUAGUUCUGCAAAAUAGAAAUGGCAAAAUGCAGACGUAAGAUCGACGAAUCCGGUCGGAGGUUUGAGACUUGCUCGCUCGCUCACUCGUUCGCUGACCCACUCACUCACACACUCAGAGACAGACAUGCUGAAGGUGAUGCGGACGAUCACGAUUGCUUCUUGUUUGAAGGUUGGUUAUGGCGUCGGCAGCAGACAGAGAGUGAAAUUGAGAGGUACGCCGCCUGUGCCUUGUCUUCUUCAUAACUCUACUCUUUUUCCGUCUCGCUCUCAACCUUCUGAAUCGAUCAAAUCUAAAAACACCCAAUUGCAACACCUUGUGAAAGUAACUAAUCUUGAGGAUGCACUCCAUGUGUUCGACGAAAUGCUUCAACUGCGUCCUCUGCCUUCCGUUGUCCGUUUCACUCAAGUCUUGACUCAAGUCGCCAAAUUGAAACAUUAUUCGACAGUCAUCGUGCUGAAUGACCGAUUGGGUCUGUCGGGAAUUGGUCCUAGUGUUUACACUCUAAACAUUAUCAUUAAUUGCUUUUCUCAUCUGAACCAAAUGGGGUUUGGUUUGUCUGUCUUGGGAAAAUUCUUCAAACUUGGUUUUGAACCUGAUGUCACGACCUUCAACACUCUAAUCAACGGAUUCCUUCUUCAGAAUAGAGAGGCUGAUGCCGUCGGGAUUCUGAAUAAAAUGAUGGAGAGUGGUACUUGUAAGCCCAAUGUGGUUACUUUCGGCACACUAGUAAAGGGCCUUUGCAUGAAAGGUAACAACACUGGAGCUAUCCAAUUGCUUAAGAAGAUGGAAGAAGCAGGUUGCAAGCCUGACAUAGUUGUCUAUAGCACAAUCAUCGACAGUCUUUGUAAGGACACUACGGUUGUUGAUGCAAUGAACAUUUUCUCUGAAAUGAUGAGCAAAGGUAUUGACCCCAACGUCAUUACCUAUACUUCUUUGAUUCAUGGAGUAUGCAAAUUAGGGGACUGGAAGGAAGCUGCGAGACUGUUUAAUGAAAUGGUGAGCAAAGGUAUCUUUCCAAAUCUGCUGACCUUCAAUGUCUUGGUAGACACCCUUUGUAAGGAGGGCUUGGUUGGGAAAGCAAAAGGAAUGGUCAAAAUGAUGACCGAAAGAGGUAUUGAGCCUGACGUGGUUACUUACAGUUCGCUCAUGGAUGGUUAUUGCUUGCGAGGAGAAAUGAGUGAGGCAAAGGAAGUCUUUGAUCUAAUGCUUAGCCAGGGAUCCAUAGUUGAUGCUUAUAGUUAUAGCAUAUUGAUAAAUGGCUAUUGUAAGCAUAGAAGUAUAGAUGAGGCAAUGCUGCUUUUUAAGGAAAUGUCUGGUGGAGGACUGGUUCCAGAUGCUGUUACUUAUAGCACACUAAUAGAUGGUCUCUGCAAGCAAGGCAGAAUACGCGAUGCACAAAAGCUGUUUUCCAAGAUGCAAGCUUGUGGCCUUCUUCCAGAUGUCCAAACUUAUGCUAUAUUAAUGGAUGGUCUGUGUAAAAACCAACAAUUGUCUAAGGCAAUUGAAUUGUUUGAAGAGAUGAAAGGCAAGAAAUUGGAUCCAAAUAUUGUGGUUUACAGUAUUCUUAUCGAAGGUUUGUGCAUAAGUGGAAAAGUUGAAUGCGCAAAGGAUCUUUUUAGCGGUUUAUCAUCAAAAGGAGUUCAGCCUAAUGUCAAGACGUUUACCAUAAUGAUUAGUGGACUUUGUAAUGCAGGUCUAAUAGAUGAAGCGGAAAAUUUACUUACAGAAAUGAAAGAGAGAGGCUGUUCGCCAAAUGGUUGCACCUAUAACACAAUUAUCCGAGGGCUUUUUAAUAACAAUGAGACAUCAAGGGCGAUGGGACUUAUUCAACAAAUGGUGGAGAAUGGUUUUUCUGCAGAUGCAUCAACAGCCGAAUUGGUUCUUGAGUUAUUGUCUAAAGAUAAAGUAGAUCCCGCUUUGUUGCCGUUGAUAGAAUAAGCACUAUGAAGUCAAUUUGCGUAUUUGAAUGUCGAAACAGAACCUACUCAUGAACUUUGAAGCUGCUUCGCCUUGGAAAACCAUGGAUGUUAUCUGUGCACCAUUUGAUUAAUUCUCACUGUUGCCUUUUGGUUGGGAGGGAAACUUUUAGCAUAUUGUGGUAACUGGUUGAGCAAUGUCAUGGUUUGGAGCUGCAGUUGCUAACAUUCAAUUGUGUGAUAAUGUUCUGCCGCAGGAUCAUUCAUUUAUUCUUUUUUAUUUGCUUUCUUUUUUUUGUAAUUAUGUUGUGAAGCAACAGUCGAAUUUGGCACCAAACAAACAAUGUAAUAUAUAGAUGAUGGAGUCUACAUCAAAUUCCAUUA